AUGAGAGUGAAGUAGCUUGGCGUUAAAACAGCUAAGCUCGUUUUCAAGCACUUUCAAAAAGCAAAGUUAUGUUAUUUGAUUGCAGUUCACAGGAUGAGUCGCAGUAGUGAAAUUGUUUGGUAGACUUCGUUUGUCGCGAUCUUCUGUUUCUCUUUAUUAUACUUCCAGUGAAAUAAACACUAUUAGUCUUCAUACCUCAUUGUGUUGUCACCCGGGAGACUCCGUAUUGAGAAGCCUUUUCAUCAGGGGGAGAUGGCCGUGCCGCCCCCGGACCCUCUGUUCGUCCUGAGGGGCUCCGGCACCCCAGUCAACACCCUGCACUUCAGCUGUCGAGACGCCGUGACCCCUCUGCUCUUCUCUGGCUCAGCCAAAGGGACAAUUCACAUCUGGAACCUGACUACGCACCGUGCAGAGAGGACUCUGGAUGGCCACGGUGGGGCUUCUGUCCUGUGGUUGAGCACGCUGAGGUCCGCAGAUGCCCUGAUAAGCUCCCCCACGACCCUGAAGCAGAAGAAACGGUUUGAAAACGGAUGGAUAAGGUUUCAAAUUAAAACGGAUCUUUCACUGCAGGUGCGGAUCAUUGAACUCCCCAGUAAGAUGCCAGUCUGCAGCUUAAAGCCAGAAGCCAAACUGGGCAUGCCGAUGUGUCUGAAGCUGUGGCAGCCUGACUCCGGCUGCAGUCCCCAGCUACUGGUCGGCUAUGAGGAUGGGACGAUCGCCCUGUGGGAUCUCUCGCAGAGGAAGCAGCUGAGCCACCUGGCUGCCUACUCCCAGCCAGUCAUGUGCCUUGACUUUGACCAGGGGAAGUUAAGAGGUGUCUCGGGCUCUUCAGAGACCGUCAUCAAAUCCUGGUCGCUUGAUGGACAGCAAAGACUCCAGCUGCAAGACUCGGUAGAGGUGGUCAAUCCUGGGAUAUCCCAGCUCUGUAUCCGGGAGGACCGGAAGAUCUUGGCUUCAGCGGGGUGGGAUCACCGCAUCCGGGUGUUCGGGUGGAAAAAGCUCAAACCGCUUGCUGUUCUUCAGUAUCACAUGGACAGCGUGCACUGUGUCUCCUUCUCAGACCACCGGGAGCCCAGCCAGAGGCUGAUGGCCGCUGGGUCAAAAGACCGGCGCAUCAGUGUUUGGUCUAUAUACACCUCGAAUUAACACUGACUGAGAGCUGUGCAGCAGAGCACCCCGGUCUCUGCAAGUGGACUGGACAGGCGGACUGGGACAGGAGCCAGUGUGGCAUUGUUGGACUGGGAUGUGGGAUUCUGAAACACCGUUGUGUCGCAAGUUGGCAAAACGCUCAUGGACCACUUUUCCAACAUCUGUAUCUUUGUUUCUCACUGUGCUCAGAUAAAUGAACCAGUCGAUAAAUGCUCCACAGCGCUCUCAUCCUGUUAUUGAUUUCACUUUAUGUGGUGGGCCUUCUGUGGCCCCUGUAUUGAAGUACAUUUUGCCUUCUGCAUAAGACAGUUGACUAAGCAAUUAUAUAUAAAAGACAGGUUUUGUAGGCAGUGUAUUUUCUACCUUCUUACAGUUCAUGAACAUUUAACCUGCACUUUAUACAUUUGUUUAUCUAACGCUUUUAUUCAGAGCAACUUACAUUUAUACAGCUGUGGCUGUAUUAUUUUACUGGAACAAUCCGAGUGAAGUGGCUCACCUGGAUGUGAGCCACAGUCUUCCAGUUUAAAAUUAGAGGCAGUGGACAUGGUGACUUAAUGCAGUAUUUUAAGCCUAGUGAACAGAGAAAUCUGCCGAAAUCCCGUCUGUCUGCUUAUGUAUUGGUCCAUGAUUGAACACGAAGUUGGAAGGUUAAUGUCUCUGUACAAGCUCUGUAUGCAAAUAAAAUAGGACAUCUAAACAAAAGCUUAUUAUACAUAAAUAAGAGUAAAGGUCAUGUUUAAUUUCUGGUAACAAUUCAUUGAAAGGGCUGACGCACAGUUCAAGAUGUUUUAAUCCAUUAUACUGCCAAAUAAAAAGAAUUAUUUAUUUUGUUUGCUUUCUCUUGAUGGAGAUGUGCUUCAGUUGAGUUGAAUUUAAACUAUAAGUCGCAAUGGAUGACUGUCUGAUUUGUUUUUUUUUCUAUUCAACAUUGGCCUCUCCCCUGACCCAGACCACACUCAUCAAACAAGCACUGCUCAUAUAGGCACCGACAGCGAGGACAAGAAGUUUCUUUACAAGAUCGAUUAGAACCGUCGGCUCUGUUUCCAUCGGAAGAAAAAAACGGCAGAGGAGAACAGUGGUCCACACCCACCAGAGCUCCAUGCCUUUUUCAAACAGUGGACCAUGAAUUCUGAAGUUCAGGUAGGAGAAUCAAGCAAAGUGCUUUUUGCCUGUAGCAUAAAAGAAUACUUAACUGCAUGUAUGCAGGGCAUUUUGUCCCAAAGAAUGCCAAACCACUUGACAUAUAGGAGGAAUUCCACCACACCAGCAGAGAAGGUGGAGAAGAAAGAAUUUAUUUCUCAAACUGAGUCAAAGCAGAAAUUUAGGAAGACCAUUUUGUGGUAAGGAAAAGUACAAUUUGGCUGGGGAACAGCCCUAUACUUACAAGCAAUAUUUUGGUAUCUUUAAUGGACAUGUACUCAGGUCUUUCUGUCUCAUCUGAAGUACCUCCUAUAGUGCAGUGUUCUCAUACUGGGCCAUCAGUAAAUUUCUGUUCCAGAGGAAUUGGCACCACCUACUGGUCCACUAACACCACUUGCAGCAGCAGCCCUACGCAUGCUGGCCAUAAAUAGAUUAUAGUUUCUUCAGCCAACCUGAUGUUUAAAGCUUUGCACGGUGCCAAACGUUAUGGCGCAGUGUACUGCUGUUCUUUCAGAAAGAAAUAUUCUUUCCAGAUCCUUUUUACUCCUUUACAUUUCUGAAUUUUGGAAUGGAUGAUUUUUUUUGGCCCACUCCCAAGGGUGUAACGUCUAGUUCACGGUCAACAAGGGUUUAUCAUACAGCCCCCCCAAACCAGCUAAAAGUGAGCUUCGUUCAGAGUCAUCUCCCUGCCACACACUGGACUGAUCUUCCAGCAAGCUGAGCACAGAGUGGACGUUUCAUGCCACGCACUCAUCACAGUGUUAAAUGAAGCAUUAUCUUCACCAUCUCUGCAUGUGUGUGAUCUUCCCAUGACGUGCUGUUUUGCUUCAUAAUAAAUUGCUUCUAGACUAAA